CGUGCAUAGCGGAGCGGUGCGCCUGCGCGCGCGGCCCGGAGUGCCCGGAUGUAGCGGGAGGAGGCGCCGCCGCCAUCUUUGCCCGGAGAGCAGCGAGAGCUGAUCGUGGUUGAGCCCCCCCCGCCGGACCAUCGGUCUCCAUCCGCCCCGCGCAGCCCCCGCCGCCCUCGCCCGACGGACAUGGACGACCGGGAGGACCUCGUCUACCAGGCCAAGCUCGCCGAGCAGGCCGAACGCUACGAUGGUGCGCGCGGGGGGCGACGACGACGCCGACCCUCUGGCCGGCGGAGGCGGAGAGGGACGGAAGGGAGGGAGGGAGAGACGGAGGGAGGGAAAGAGGCAGCAGGCCGGCCAGCCGGGGAGCCAGAACAGGGCGGCGGCAGCGGCGGCGACCAAGGGCCAGCGGAGGGAGGGGCGGGCAGCUGCCUCGCUGGCUGGCGGAGGAGAGCGCCGGGCACAAAAUGGCGGCGCAGGCCGGCAAGACGGGGCGGGCGGGGAGGCGGCGGCGGCGACAGAGGGAGAAGCGACGGGGCGUGGGGGGGCGCACACAAAAUGGCUGCCGCGCGCGACAGGCGCUGAAGACGCCGGCGGGGGAGCGGGGCGGGCGGCGGGCAGGCGGCGCGAGGGUCUGCUGGGCGGGGAGGGGGGCUGCCGGGGAGGACAAAAGCCCCACGCUGGGCCUGGGCGGCUCCCGGAGGUCUCGGCGGCGCAGAGGGGCGUGGCGGACGGAGGCGGAGAGCCAGCCGGAGGGCGACGCGGCUCCUUGUUCCGGGCGGGCAAAUGGGCUCCCCCUCUUCCGUCCACCCAUUUCCCCGGUUCCCGCAGCCCCCGAACGCCUGGCGGGGUGUGUGUGUGUGUUCACUGUCAGUUUCGCGCCUCGCACUGGGGACAGGAUCCCGAGAUGGGUCUUUUUUUGCCCCAAGCUGGUUAGUUGAAGCGAACACUCCCCCCCCCCCCAACGUGUUCCCUUGGAAAAGACCGGCAGAAUUGUUGGGUCUUCGCCAGCCUCUUUUCCUCUCCUGGGGCUAAGCCUCGUUGAAAGCAGAGGGACCAGCUUCUAGAAUACCACUGCCCGUUAUUGGGCAGGGGCAACAACCAUUCUGAGGCUCGCAGGAAGAUAAUCUCGGGGGGGGGGGGUACUGGAAAAUAGCAUGCUUGCUUAGCUGCCAUCACUGUCCCUUGCUGGGGAACUGAAGAUGUGGGGAUUGCUUAGGUCCGUUUGCUCUAGUAUUUAAAAGCAUCUGCUGCUGUGAAACCCGGAAGCAAAAGUACACUGUCCGCUUCACUCAAUUUCUCCUUAAGCUUUACAACCUGUAGGGAGUAAGCAUUUACCUGGGUUCGUGUGACACUGGCCCGUAUCCUUUCUCCAUGCUGAGGGGCAGGGAGGUUUGACGGGGCAGAGAGUGUGGGGUGGUGCCCUUGUUGCUGUGGGUAGCACACAUUGAUCGCAGUGCAGGGAGGUCCUCUCUAAAGCAGGGGAGGGUGGAGCUGUCCAAGGCAGAAAGCCACUUACUAUUAGGUGGCCUGUUUCCAUCCCAUCCUGGCCAUGAGGGCUGAGCUUACAAUACAAGGAAGGCUGUAUUUAUUGAAAAGGAGCUGGGCUAUUUGCAGUGACGUGUGGACACUCUGGGAGUUGUAAACGCUUGACCCAGCCGGCUUUUUGCAGUCUUCACAUAAAGUGCCUUUUAGCUCCUUGUAGACCAUGGAAGCCGCCACCUUUGUAGGUUAUCCCUGGCCUGGGUAGCAUCGUCUUGGGCAAAGGAAAGUGGCAAUGGCUCAGAGUGCUGAACAGCUUGUGACUACCACUCUUGGGCAUGCCUGUGUGUUUUUUGUGAUGACCUGGUUCCGUUUCACCUGUCUGCUUGAAAUGUUAAGGCUGAGCUGACUUCUUAUUUCACCUCACGUGGUACAUCUAAAGCAUGGUAGGCUGCCUUUCAAAGGCUCCCUGCAGACCCCAGGAGCUGAACAUCACAGGUGCUCUUCUCCCUCCCCCUGCCCCUUCCAGGUUACAGCUGCUCUCCUUCCUUAACAACAAGAGGCAAGAGGUUCUCCCAGAGCAGGAGGCCUUUCCUGAUUUUGAAAACAGCUUCAGAAGUGCAGUAUAAGGUCAAAGGCACUCCCUGCUUGGCAGUGGCCUGGCAACCCCAGAUGUUUGGGUGACUUCUAAGCAUAAAUGGGCAUGAGAGCAUGAAGGUGCACCGAAUAUACUUUAUUGCCCAAUGUGUUUCAGGUUAAAACCUGUACUCAACUCUAGAAACAUGAUACAUGCAUAAUUUAUUAGCAUAUUUUUAAGACUCCCGCCUGAAUAACAGUAUUGCUUUAAAUUCUUUUGGGUAAAUGUCUGCUGAGCAUUCUUAGUGUCUCUCUCUCCCCUUUUGGUUCCUGCAUUUGUUACCUCUUCAUCUUUCCUCUGCUAAAGCAGCCAGGUAACACCUCUUGUCCCCUGCUUCUUAGCCUUUCCAAUGCUUCUGUUUCUGCCCUCUUCCCCUCCAAAUUUAGAAACCUAUAUUUUGGAAGCAGAAGGAAUUAUGCAGUGUAAACAUGUGACAACAGAUAUCAGAAUACAAUCCGGUCAUUUUCAUCACUGUUCUCCAGCACACAUCUGGCUCAGCAUAGCUUGGAAUGCCUCAUCUUCUAUCAUAUAGCAGAUCUUGACUGCAGCUGGUGCCCAGUGAUAUGUGAUGGUUGCCCCAAAGCAGCUUUACAUAAAAAACUGGGCUUCCCUUUUAAUAUGGAUACAAUUUGGAGUUGGUUGAUAUAUUUGUGCUCCAUUUCUGAUUAUUGUUCUUUGCUACAGUGUCUAUAAAUCCACUGUAGUGAAGGCAUCUUUUGUUUUCAUGCUACAUGUGCAUGAACAGGAGAACACUUGAGGGAUGAAAAAGUUGUACGAUGUACAUCUAAUCUGAGUAGCUGACCUGAAAUCACAGCCCUGGUGGUUUGUAGCUCAGCACGUCAAUGGUGCAGCUCAUCAGGGCCCUUUCCUGGCUCCUUGGAAUAGCAUAAUGGAUGCAAAAUGAAAGUGCUUUGGUGAUAACAAUCACACCACUUGAGUUCUUGAAGGUCUGUGAAACUGUCCUGGGUUGUGCAAGUGGCUGUCUGCCUCCUGCCUCCCCUGCUCAGGUUUGUCCAGACUGACAUUAAUUCAAAGCCAGGCUCGUGUCUGGUUUGGUGAUGGUUUUAAAUGGAAGGGCAUGGAGAGCAACUCGGCUCAAGCACACACAGACACACCUAUUCUCUCUUUAGAAAUGGUUGAGUCAAUGAAGAAAGUAGCUGGGAUGGAUGUUGAACUGACCGUCGAAGAAAGGAACCUGCUGUCUGUUGCAUACAAAAAUGUAAUUGGCGCUAGAAGAGCUUCUUGGAGAAUAAUCAGCAGCAUUGAACAGAAAGAGGAAAACAAAGGUGGAGAAGACAAAUUGAAGAUGAUCCGGGAGUAUCGGCAAAUGGUGAGUGCCCAGGAGAGAAGGGACCCCUGGGACGCUUGAGGGGCAGCUGGCGGGUUUUGCAACCCUACAUGCAACACAGACCAGUGGGUGGGGGGGCUCACAGACUCUGUUGUUGUUCCAAGCAUCAGUGUGUGAGUUUCGGAUUGUGGAACAUAACUUCUCCAGCUGCACAGCCAUGCUGUUUAGGGUGGCCCCCAGGUAAGGGUUGCUUCAUGAUUUCUCUGUGAUGGCUGUGUUUGGGAUUAAGCAAGACUUUUCCCAGUGUAGACUGAGGCAUGGGUGAGCUUGGGGAUUCCCCUCCCUCCCCAACAUCCCAGCUGCAUUGUUCUGUUGGGCUCUUUGCCAGCAAAACUGUGUGUACCUUGCACUGGUGUUUUGCUUGCGCUCUUCACUUGGACCUUUCCUUGACCUGGGCAGCUGCUUCUUGAGGCACCUGCUCUCUUCCUGGUCUCUGCCUGUUCCAGUCAAGGUGCUGGGUAUAAAUGUGAAUAAGGAAUGAGGAGCUGUCUUCAGGGCUGCUGGUUACAUCACAGGCACACAUUUCAUCCUCCGCUUUGUAGCAAAUCAACCAGGGUUGCUGGCGUUUAUACUAACAACUGCAGCUUUCACAGAAGGGACAUAAUCAGCUGGUUUGAGGGAACCCUAAGAUUUACAGAACUAUCAAAGAGGGUAAAAAGCCCUGAAAGAGCCCAUUGGGAACAAAAACUUCCCAGUCGCUGUUUACCUUUUUCAAGGGAUGGGAAAGAUGGAAAAGUGAUGCUCAGGUACAGGGGUGGGCAGAAAGGACCUUCUUAGAAAAGGGCUAGAACCCGAAACUAGAAUCGCUUCACCUUGGAGAGUGUUGCUGCCCAUCCUACUUGCUUAGACUGAAUCCUGUAACAAUAAGGCUAUCUCUGCUUGUGAAAUGCCUUUUCUGCUUUUAGAAGACAGUGGAUUUGGUUGUUGGGCUUCUGGCCCUCAAAGGCCUUGGAUGCUUCUCUAGGAGCCCCAGUAGAUUCAGGAAAUGGGAUUCUCAGAGCACAGGGCAGCUGCAAGGCAAGCGUUCAUUCGACCAGGAAUAAAAAAGACCUUCUGAAAUCUAACGGACAAACAAGCAAACCCAUGACUUAUCCUCUUCCAGUUAAGCAUACAUUUUCUGAAUACAACUGCCAGUUUUAUGGGGUGGCUGUGAAUUUAAUUCUUUAUAUUUGCAGCCCUGUAACAAGGUCACAUGGUGUGUCAUUAAAUAAAUAAAUAAAUAAAUAAGAAAGAAAGAAAGACAUUGUGUUGCAUCUGAUACAAUAAAAUAAGUCUUUAAUAAGCUCCAGGGAUAGCUCAGUUGGUUGGAGCAAGGUACUGAUAAUACCAAGCUUGCAGGUUCAGUCUCCAUAUGGGACAACUGCAUAUUCCUGCAUUGCAGGGUGUUGGACUAGGUGAUGCUCAGGGCCCCUUUCAGCUCUGUGUCUAUGAUUGUAUGAAAACCAUGGGCAAUAUAAAAGUCAAAGCAAAGAGCAAAUCAUGGCUCUGGAAUUAUGUGGAGGAGAGAAAAGUAUCCGCUCCCUUCACAGCACUUGUUACAUUUCUCCUUAUCUUUUCAGCUUUCUAAGGCUGCAUCCCAUGGUGUCUUUGCACAUGGAGGCUUCUAUGAAUUGGAGGGAAUGGGUGGUUCCCUUUUCCUCUGCACCCUCCUUCUCACAUUGGCUCCAGAGGGGCAGUAUUCAUGGGGCAUGCAGGAGAAGGGGGGAAUUGCAACAGUUGGCUCCUGAUCAUGGAAACCCCUGUGGGAGCCAAGUGUAAAAAAGCACAAAUGGUUAACCAACCUUGGAGUGUGAACCUUUCCUCCUUGUGAAGAUCUGCCCACUUCUCCAGUGCUUUGAUAUCCUUUUUGAAACCAGACAACCAGCCCUGUACCUGCAUUUCAAGCACAGACAAAUCAUCUAUUUAUAUAUAAGGCAUUUAUUAUAUACAUCCCUUUCCUCAUAAUGCCAAAUAUUCAGUUUGUCACUGACUGCUGCAGCAUAGAGUUUGGCCAACCAUGGAAAGCCUGCAAGCAGGACAUGAACACAAUAGCACCCCCCCGGUGGAUUCCACCACAUCACCAGGUCCGAAUGGUCUCAUUUUGUUCCAAGUGGACAAUCUUUGGGGUGGGGGAUCCUUUGUUUGGCACCCAUACCUACAAUCGAGCACGCUGUCCUUUGCAUAAAGAUGAUGGGAAUCGCUUGAACUGGAAUUGUAAGGGAAUAAUGGUGGUGCCUCUGUGCUGUGGAAAUGAAGCUGUCUAACAAUGGGUACCCAUAAGUCUGCACUGGAGCACAGUGAAGAAUUUGCAUCUUAGGCAAACCAAGCUCUGGAAAGUUCCCUGGAUCUUUAAAGGGCUUUGUGUGUUGUAUUCAGUUCAUAAUAGUAGAUACAUUGGUACCUCGGGUUAUAGACGCUUCAGGUUACAGACUCCGCUAACCCAGAAAUAGUACCUUGGGUUAAGAACUUUGCUUCAGGAUGAGAACAGAAAUUGCGCAGCAGCGGGAGGCCCCAUUAGCUAAAGUGGUACCUCAAGUUAAGAACAGUUUCAGGUUAAGAACGGGCCUCUGGAAGGAAUUAAGUUCUUAACCCCCAAGGUACCACUGUAGUGUCUCAACCUUGGAUUCAAAUAAGAGUUUAGGAGUUGCUGGAUCAAAUAGCAAAUCAUUCAGUGUUCACUGGGAAAUUAGGAAUAACUUAGAUCACCCUAUUGCAGUGAUCAGUUGGGCAUGCAUUUGCACUACAGUGAAUACACAGAUAAGGGGGUAUUGUUUCUGAAAGCCGAAGAUUUUGGGAUCAGGGUGAGGUGGAAGGAUGUCCCUGUGAACAACAGCUGGGGGAAAAGUGGGCAAAAAGAAUUCCCUACAGGCUCCCAUGUUGAGAUCUGUGGGACACCUGAUGAAAUUUUUGCAUCUCCCCACCCAAUCCCUGCCUUGGAUUGCAAAACAACAGCUAGCCCAGCAGGCCUCUUCCUUCAGACCCUCCAUUCUGCCCCCUGGGGCAUUUAAGUGGGGCACAGGGCGCAUUGUGGCUUCUCUGCUCCUCCUUUGUAGGGGAGGGAGGUAAAUCCUUGAGUCAGAAACUUUACCUGGGCUGGAGGCAGGGAUUGGAAGGCAAAGCAGCACACUUUUCCACAGGAGUGAGACUGGUGAUUAUUCAAAAAUUCUGUUAAAGUUCUGUUUGUUUAUUCAUUGGCAGCAGGUUUUCUGAAUUGGCCAUUCUUUUUUCCUCUCUCCCUCAAGGUUGAGACUGAAUUGAAACUAAUCUGUUGUGAUAUUCUGGACGUACUGGACAAACACCUCAUUCCAGCAGCCAACACUGGCGAAUCCAAGGUUUUCUAUUAUAAAAUGUAGGUGUGAAAUGGGGAAGGUGCCUUAACUAUGAUGCUUGUGGGAAGAAUGGGUUCUUCUCAAAGAUGAUGGGCUCCUCCCUAGUGGUAUAACGUGUUGGGAGGCAGGGGCAGGAGGGGGUGAACAGUUCUCCUCCUGCCCCCUCCAGAAGGAAGCAGAAGUUCGGAGAGAAAUGGAAGUGUUUGUAAUAUUUUUCAUCAGUUCUUGUAUAAUAUUGUUAAGAACAUAAAAUGUAUUGUGAACAACAUAGCAAGCAUUAUUUAGCACAUAAAAUUAUACUCCUAUAUUUAUUAAAUUUGACAUGAAUGAACGCCUUGCCUUUAUUCAGACAGUAAACUAGCUACUUCACCAUAAUGUAACAAACAUUUCAUGCUUUUUUCUUGGGGGGGGGAUUAUGUUUAAGGCAGAAAACUAUCAGUAAAGAAAAGGAAAUUGUAUUAUUUGAGCUUAGAAACAACUCUGUCUCUAUAGUCAACAGCUUGCAUAGCUGGUUAUUUAUUUAUUUAACUUAUAUAUUUAAAUUUCUGCUUAAAUGUUCUAUAUGGAAUGCUAUGCCAGCUGGUAAGCUGUUGAAGUAAGCAAUGUUUUCUUCUUUCCUUCCACCUGCCCCCAGGAAAGGGGACUACCACAGGUAUCUUGCAGAGUUUGCCACAGGAAACGACAGGAAGGAAGCUGCUGAGAACAGCCUGGUGGCUUACAAAGCUGCUAGUGACAUUGCAAUGACAGAACUUCCUCCAACACAUCCCAUCCGCCUAGGACUUGCCCUCAACUUCUCUGUUUUCUACUAUGAAAUCCUUAAUUCUCCUGACCGCGCCUGCAGGUGAGGAGCAGCCCCCCGCAUGGGAGGGUUUGGGGGAGGUGCUGCCUGCUAAGCAGAGUUCUCAAGGUUCUCUCCAGCAGCUCUGAGCAGGGGUGAGAAGCAGAUGUCGUCAGGGCAGAGGGGCAGGUGGGUGGGUGUUGCAGCAGCUGCCACUGCUUCUGGGUCUCUGGGCCUGUUGGAGUGUGCAGCCAGGUAGGCAUGCAAAAGGGUCGCCCUUGUGUGCCCACCCAUACACCCCUGGUCAUCUUUGUGGGUUAAAACUUUCCUCCCCUGGUGUGAGACAAAAGGUGGAGAGAAUCCUGAGAGUGCUGUAGAAGUGGGCAGUGGCAUCUCCGUGGCGGUUUUGCAUAAGAGCCCUGCAGCCAAAGGGAGGCCACCUAUUCUAGCCUCCUGUUCUCACAGUGGCCCAAUGGAAGCCCACGAGUAGGACUUGAGUGCAACAGCUCUCCCCUCGCACAGUUACCAGGAACUGCUUCCGACCAUUGUGGCUAGGAGCCAUUGCUAGCCUUGUCCUCCAUGAAUUUGUUUUGAUUUGUUAGAUCUGGUAUCUUGGAACACUCUGUCAUCUGUCUCCUUGUAGGUUGGCAAAAGCAGCUUUUGAUGAUGCUAUUGCAGAACUGGAUACGCUGAGUGAAGAAAGCUAUAAGGAUUCUACACUUAUCAUGCAGUUGUUACGUGAUAACCUGACACUAUGGACUUCAGACAUGCAGGGUGACGGUGAGUAGCUGAUGAUUCUCCAGCCUUAAUCUUAACAUGGGAGAGAGCAAGUGGGGCAGAAGGUUGCAGUGCGUCCCCAUGGUUCCAGAUAGCCUGGAACAGGAAGUCUGUCACAUUGGUUAGGCCGUUGUGGGGGGCACGGUAUUUAAGAAGUAGGGAAGAGAUAGGGGACACUUUUUCUCUCUCCCAGCUGAGCACCUUGGGACUGUCAGCCUCAAAGCUGAGUCUUUUAAUGCUUAUAUUUUGGAGGACGUGCAGUUCUGAUUCCCCAUCUAGGAUUCUUACUGGCAUGACACCAGAAAUGCUCCAGUUCUUCUUCUCCAUAUUUCCAACUGACACAUGGAUAGUCUCUUGUCUUUUUCCAGGUUUCAACCAUAAAUGAUUGAUUGAUUGAUUGAUUGAUUGAUAAACGGACACAGUCUGGCUUCCAGUUUAUGUUGACCCUUUUCCCUUUCCCAUGGGCUCAGCUGCAAGCAUUUUUUAAAACUACCUUUUCCUUUUAGUUUUUCCACAGUUUUUUAAUUGCAUACUUGCGUACUUAUGUGUACCCAAGGAUCUCUGUAGUAUGUAUAAGCCUCUGCAUUGAUAGAUGCUCAGCCACUUGAAUUUGCUGUUGGAGGGGUGACUGCUGUGGCCUCCCCUUCUAGCAGGGCAGCUCUUGUUCAGGGUGCCAGACAUCUACUCCGCCCUCCAAGUUACUAGGAACUGUCAGGAGCCCAAGCAGGGCUUUUCCUCAGCACUCCUCAUUUUCUUUUCCAGCUCUUCAAUGUGCUCAUGAGACUGUUUUUCUGGGGUUGCAUUUGCUUUUUCCUUUCAGCUACACUCCUGUGAGCCUUGUUCUCAUUCUUCUUCUGUGGCCUUGUUUUGGGCUCAUUCAGUGACCGCAUUUGCUACUGCAGUGAGUUGUCAUCUCUGGGUGACAGGCAGGAGGAGGGUGUUUCUUAUGUACCUCAAGCAUUUAGUUUGAGAAUCACAAUUUUAAAAUUCAUUACAAACAACCCACUCCCCCACUUACGCAGAAGAUAAUGUUCCGAGGCACUGCACUCAUCUGCAAAAUUGCAUAUAUUUGAAGCACCAUUGAAAAAGCCUGCAAACACCCCUCCCCCCCCGCCCGUGAUGCUUUUGAGUCACUUCUGGGUUCGGCGUGCUCCACUAUUGCACACACAUUUAGCACGUGUAAACGGGUGGGGUGCCUGUAUUAUGCAUAUUGCUGAUUGCCUCAGAAAAACAUUUCUCUAAGCAAAAAUACAUUGGGUACAAAACAAUGUUAAGGCAGCAGAAAUGCAGUCACUUCAAUAUUGAAUCCAGGCCUAGCAUUAAAAAGCAAACAAGGACAAGCCACAAAAUACAUCACAGAUAAAAAGAGUUCAAAAGGCCAUGAGGGCAGAAAGUAGCCAGUUGCCAUCAUGAACUUUGCCUGUCAGCUGGGGUCCCACGGAGAAGCCUUGGUUCCACAUAGCGGGCAGUUUGAUUCCCUCAGUUUAGCUGUGAAUGCUGGAAGAAACUUGUUCAGUCCCAGACUAGUUGCAAAGCGUGAAGUGAAGUGAGGAAAAGAAAACGAUGGUCAUGAUCGCAUGAGAUGUUUCUGUUGAGACCACCAGCAUCAUAACGGGGUGUGUUUGUUUAUAGGGGCUGACCUUUAGUUUCAGAAUUAUGAUCGGUCUUUUGAAAAAGACAAAAUUCACUUUCCCAGCUGGAACUUUGCUGCUGUUUAAACUCAGGAAUGCCUGGCCAUCAUUCGUUUGGUCCCCUGCAACAAAAUAAAAGUGAUGAGAUAGUUUCCUCUUUGUUGAAAAAGAAGCAUCAUCAUGAUAUUCACCAUUCACAAGGCAGAUCUUUCAUCUCAUGAGAUGGAAAAGUGUUCUGGUAGCUUGACUUGGCACUGGUAAAUGCAGAACUGGUAACAGUGCAGAAUGUUGGCGGCUGGAAGGCGGGGAAUGCACCUGUGCUUGGUACAUGAUCCAGACAAGGUGUGGGGUGGCAUCGCAUGGAACCAGAACAAGUGGAAUGGAGCUGAGCACCUUGUCUUGGGUCCUGCAGGAAACCGACCCUCCUAGCCACUAAUAGUUGGAGUGCUAGUCCUGGUGGAGCUAAUGUGGCACCCAGCAUGCUCAGAGGGGUCCUGGAGUUUUCAAGAGUACAAAGCAGUAUUUGUUGCUGGUAACCCCCCCCCCCCCCAAAAAAAAAAGAAUCCCCAAGGCCGGUGAUGAGGGGGAGAGGAGCAAAAGAAGCUCCAUACUUCGCCAAACCAUUGAUCCACCUAAUUUGAUAAUGUCUGCGCUGACUAGCAUAAGCUCAGCAGGGUUUCAGGCAGGGAGUCUUCCAACCCUACUUGAACACACCGAGGAUUGAAUGUGGGGCCUUCUGCAUGCAAGGCCAGGUGCUCUGCCACAUUCCCCCCCCAAAUGGACUAGAUGUUUUUCAUCACAAACAGGGAGCCCUCCAUGCUGCAGGUGCCAGUGCAAUAAAUGUAGUAUUUGGUGUCAGAUACUUUCACACACAUUCUCAGGUAGUCAGCAAAUUGUCCAGAUUUAGAUUCCAACACUUAUUUUUUCUAGACGGUACGUUAAAAGGGGGGGGGGGCAAGCACAUGGCCCUUUCCCAGGCAGAAUUAAGGAAAAGCGCUUUUAGGACAGGUGGCCUCGGGCUUCGUUUUGUCAGACUUGGACGCCCCCCUCCCAGCUAGAGAACAGACCCCCUCUCCAAAACCCUGGACUGGUUCUCCACCCAGCUCUUCACUGUUGCAACACUCCUCGAGUCUUACCACAGGCACACCAUUCAAGGUGGGGUUCAUCUAGCAGAAAUGGUUUUGCUGGUGAAGCCAGUAUUUCUCCUCUCAGGGAAAUCUUAAGUGUUGCUGUCAACCCUCAUUUUCAUUCAACUCAGUAUUAAAAGGUCCAGUACCUUUCUGGGUCAGGAGUGUGAGGCGGCAGCAGGAGAGAAGGGCUUUUUAAAAUCAAUUUUUAUAUGUCCUAUCUUUGUAUUUAUGCAACACAUAAAAUUUAUGCUUUUUGUAUUGUGUACAUACCAUUGUUUAUAUGGUUUUGUAAUUUUUGCAUAAAUUUUUCUAUGUUGUUGCCCACUCUGGAAUUGAAUUUUUUUUUUAGUGAAGAGUGGACUAUAAAUACUGUAAACAAAACAGAACAAAUCCAAAUUAGAAUAGUUAAACAAUAAUAAAGCAAAAAGUUAAAACCACUGCAAGCACAGCAACUUAAAAAAAAAUUAAAACCAGUAUGGAGCGUUGCAUGGUGCACAGAUCUCAAAUCACUAAAAUAGAUGCACCCGUUACAGUGAAAAUGCCUGGGAGGACGAAAAGGUAUUCACUGGGUACUCAAAAGGUCAUCCUGUGGACUGCCACCUUCCAGAAGGCCCUGCCCCCACCUCAGCUGCUCAAGGAAGUAUCAAAAGAGCAGCAAGGGGUAAUCCAUUCCUCCUUUUCUGCUUUUGGGGGAAGUUAAUUGGUUUUUCACUCAGUAGUCAUCCGUAUUGUGAAAUACAGGCAGCAAGCCUCUAUGCACGUCAGCGGAGGGCAUAUAAGCAUGCUCUGCCCCACUCCAAGUCUUCUUUCAAGUCCAAAAGGACCAGUGCGUCUGCGAUCGUGUGUCAAUUAGACCUGCUUAAAGUGGACACUGCCUGUGUGCUAAAAUGACACCCAGGGAAAAGAUGCAUGCUUAGGAAUCCACUUCAGGAUGACUGAUUCUGCCUCAAAAGUUAUUGGUUCGAGUUGUGAGAAAGGGUGAAAAGGGAGCAUCAGUGCACAGUGGCAGUUCCCAGAUGUGCCUGACUUUUGUGUGUGCUGGUAUCUUUGCAGUCCCUUUCCUAACCAGUCAGAUUGGGCUUGCCACAAUCCCAUCUCCUGCUUUCCGUCAACAUUAUACUUGGGCUCAUUUGCUGCCUCUCUCUAACUCCUGUUUUCCCCCCUUUCUGUUGUGUAGAUUCUUAAAAGGAACUCCACCUGUUCAUUUUCUAAAACUCUACUUUGUAAGUCUUCAUGGUUACUUGGGGAGUGACUGUUUUCCUCCUUGGCACUAAUGCUCGUGGUCCUGCUUGCAUAUCUUGAUUCUUUCAGGGCUGUGCACCAGCUCACCUGCUUCCCAUAGGUUCUGAAUAUGGGCCGUUGGCGUUGGGUUUCUGGAGACCUGGGCAGGCCCCCUUAAGUGCUUGCUCUUCAGGCAGUUUUCAACACGUUUCUGUGCCUCUCAAAAUGGCAAAGCUUAACUUCUGCACUGCCAGGGCUCCCCUGAGCUUAUCAUUUCAGUGGCCCCCAUGAGAGGGCCUGGGACGUGCAGUGACGCAUCCCUUCCACCUCUUGCAAGAGGAGUGCCAGGAGGGAGAGGCACAGACGGCAUUUUGGCCACCUUGUUCUUCUGGUUGACCCGAGUCCUGCAUGUCUGGGGCUAGAUCCAUGCCAUGUUAGGCGUGUUCUCCUUUGGAUGUAGGGGUUCAUGCUUGUGUGUGUAAGGUCAGGCACCAACUGGUUAGUGGCCGAGGGCAGUGGAGCAGUCUGUGUUCAUUGCAUGCUUCAGUCUGAGGAGGUGGCUCCAAAUUAACGCCAAGCAUGUGAACAGCCUUGGUCAAAACAACCCUUUCUGUAACCUUUGGCACAAGGCUGCUUGUGUUGGAGUUGCAAAGUAACCAUUAAAACAGUGUUUGCCUUCUGCAGAGCAGGUUUGCAGGGUAGACUAACAGUGUGUUGCUGUAGAGAUGUGAGCCACUGAAAAGAGCCAUGGUCCUAGGGAGAAAGGAGGAAGGCGUUUCUUUUGGCUGUAGAAGUUACUUGGUUAUUUUGGAUGCUUGUUUUGAUGGCCAGCGUUUGAGCUUUCACCAAUGUGGGGCGGGGGCUGCUCUCGUGACUGUCAGGCACCCCUCGCUGGGCUGCCCACUUGUCCUGCCGCUGCUGUGAGGGGCCAAGCUCUGUAGGUGAAUCCUGGCAGGCAGAGGUCUCAACGACAGGGUGAUCUGCUGUCCUACAGCCAUAGCCUAAUUCUGUUGUUUUCCUUCCUAGGUGAAGAACAGAGUAAAGAAGCGCUGCAGGAUGUGGAAGAUGAGAACCAGUGAGACAUCAAGGCCAAUAAGAGACCCCCAUCUUUGUCCCCCUUCUACCGCACCCACUCCCAUAAGCCCCUCAGUGUCCCUGGGAACCAUCUGAUCUGACGUUUGUGAUGGGCCCCAGAAUUUAGGUUCCUACCCUGUUGGUUUUUUUACACAGUUGAAAAGUUCUUUAAAAGGCAAGAGUGAAUGUCUGUGGAUUUUACUGGUGCCAGCUUUCAGUUUCUUUUAAGACACUAACCGGACUGGCUGCAUAGAGGCUUUUUCUGCAUUCCUGUGUUGUCUUCUGUCAGUGUUGGAGGUGACAUCUGGAAGCCAUUAGAAUUCUAGCAGAGGCUUGCACUGUAGAGUGCAUGUGUUGGCAUUUUUCAUUUUUUAUAAUUGUUUAAACAAUUUUAUAUGAGUGUUUAGAAUUGGGCGUUUAGCUUGAAGUUACCGGUUUCAUUGGGACAGUUCUUGUAGUGGUUUUGCUGUAAAAGAAAAAACAAAAAGCAAAAAAAAAUAUCCAACUGUGCUGAGAUGAUGUUGCUGCAACAGACGGUGCUGGUAACGGUUCAACAAUCCGUGGCUGCUCAUUCUUGCCUUCUCUUUACUUUCCCUCCAAGCAGGUUAGCAUUGAAGGUGGCGUUGAAGGCCUGCAUGUGUGUUCAAUAUUUUUCUCUCCCUCCCCCCUCCCUUUUCGCUAGCUCAACCUCUUUUGUUCAGUAUGUGUAACUUGAAGCUAAUUUGUACUACUGGAUAUCUGACUGGAGCCACAGAUACAGGAUCUGUAUUGUUCUUACUGAAACACAGCAUGGAAUUAACAUUAAACUUAAAUAAAACAACCCUAAAUUAAAAUGAUGCCAAAUACUACUGCUACUUUACCCUGGUAAAUGUUUAGCAAGAGCUGCAGACCGAACAAGUAGCAGGAAAAGUGUUACUUAAUGGAAGAGAGGCUGGCCGUAGCAAAAUGGAGAGGGCCAUCACCAGAAUUUGUGGGUCUCAAUUGGCGGCUGCCCAGAGAGCGCAAACUUGGGCACUGAAUCAAUCUGAGGUGGUUCAGUCUGCUUAAUUGUUGCAUUGCGAGGAAACAGUUUUUAUCAGGGAAGCAGCAAGGCAGAGACGCCUGCCUAACUGGGUCAAAAAUUUGUACUCUGGUUGAGCUAGAACACCUUUUUGAAAACCAAGCCAUGCUCCCUUUCAUUUCUUAACGGCUCUGUUUCCUUUCAAAGUUCAACUCCGCUGUUAGCUGUGCUCAGACCUUUUGGUCACAUGCUGACAAAACACUGAAAGGAUUGUGGGGAAGCCUUCCGGCCCCAAAAACUGUUCCUUGGCUGCUUCAGCCUCCUUCUGCUAAUGCCUUGUACCCUCCUUCUGGUCUGAACUGUCUCCUUGCCUUUUAGCUUCAUCUGGGCUUUCCCCUCUGGCUGAGCAGUGAGUCUGUUGGAUAAAUAAAAUACUGUGUCAAGAUUCUGCACCUCAGACUGCUCUCUACUCUGAACCCUCUCAAAAGUGGGAAAUGCUUCAGCUCUCAACCAGCACCUGCCAGGCCCCCAUCAGUCUCCAUCCCUUGCAGUAAUAUGCUUAGUGAUGCCUUUCAGUACCCUUCUUGGUGAGUGGGCAGGGGCUUGGGGCUUUCAACAGUGUUUCCCUCUUGAAUGAUGCCAGGAAUUGUAGUUGGUAUUGGAGGGGUAAAAUGGAUUGCUUGAUUCAAGUGCCCAUUCCUUUCAGCAGCCGCCCAUUUUCAUUUUUUAGAGCUGUUCCCUUCUCCCACCCCCCACUUCUCAAAAUGCCAAAUGAGCCAGUGGUAUGGCAAGUCUGCACAUUAACGGAUUUGUUUGGGCAAGUGAGGUUCUGGCAUUGCCCUUGUGCUAACAGCUGCUACUGCUCCUACCUGCGCAUAGAACUGAGGUUAAUGGAUCCCUUUCCGAGGGGGGUAUCUGAAAAGAGUGAACAUCUAGCCUGCCACAAGAACCACCCGUCCGUUGAAAUGCAGUCUGGAGCAAAUGACUGGUCCCAGGACCCCUUUUCUUUGUAUUGGCCGUGGAGUGGCCAUCUUGGGUGCCUUGUUUGGCGAUCGGAGCCAGGAGCCUGGUCCUCCUCAUGUGUUCCUAGGGCGGUGGCCUUCAGCCCCCUCCAGUCCACAGAAACGCAAUGAACAGAUCAUACUAGCGUUGUGUGAAAGGUGUGCAGUUGCACAAACGGUUCCUUACACUUGCAUGGACUCUUCAUACUUUUUAGCUAUUUAUACUUUAGUGGGUGCAAGAUGAGGGAAGCCGCUUUGCAGCACCAACUGUACUACAGCUCUGAUGAGAAACAGGUCACACACCCAUAAUACUUGUGCCCUCCCCUUUCUGACUGAACAGGUGACAGCAGACUGUUUCUACCAAGGACUGCACAGCAAGGGGGAUUGCAGUAGUUUGCCAUUAGGCCUCAUUCUGAGGCUGCUUGCUUCAUCUUUCUUUGCUGCUAGCUGGAACCAUAUUGGACUCUAAUCUAUAGAGGGAGAGGCUGGCACGCCAAGCUCCAGGAGCAGUGAAGUAGAGGCAGACAAGGGCAAGAAAUUUUCUGCUCAACAUCCACCCCAUCCCUGGCUGCCAUUGCAGGCACCGUCACUUAGCGAUCUGCCACUUCCCUCAGUGCUGGGCAGCAACCAAUCUGUUACAUGAAUUUUGGAUACAAGGAAGGGAAAUGGUGCUGUAGGAGUCUGGCAGUGCCCAGCUGCUGGCUGCUAUUGCAUCUUUGGGGUCCCCAUCAACUAUUCCCUAGGAAGAGGUUGGAAUUGGGAGGUUCUAGUUUCUUCACAGGUAAUUCUGCUUCAUGGGACCAGUUUUCAAAAACUCAAACCAGAAAAGAAAGACCACUGCCACUUUUUGGUUAUCAGUUUAAAGCAAGAAUUGAGCACACUAAUGGGAAGAUUUGAGUUUGCCACCACUGUCCAUCCCAAAAUGGGUCGUCUGUGAAAGUCACCCCAAUUCCUCCUCUUCCACCUUCAACUACCCUCUGAACUUGUAUUGUGUACUGGUAUAUAUAUUUUACAAAAUAAAGGGUUUUCCAGGCCAAUUAAAGCCACACAGGAU